GGAACUUCCUCGCGAGGGAUCCUUUUAGGUAGGUACCGUAAUUGCUAGUCUUUGACGUCUUGCUUGCAGCAUGUGCAUCAUGGCAGCAGUGAAGUAUGUACGGCAUUGUACAACAGCGGCUCAUUUGCAGCCAUUAUAUAUAGGUAGCUCGUGCUUGGAGGUGUCGCCACUGAAUGAACACGGCGCACACUCUAAAGGCUCCUGCAGUCCUGUCAUGGCGCCCUUGUAGAAAUAUCUUGGGGGAUGGAGUUUUCAACCUUGACUUCCACAAAGGAUCAGGUCCCAGCUGCCGGCGAAAACGAUCGAAGUGACGGGAACUCUCCUGAUGAGAGUGGUGGUGGUGGCCUUUUGCCUGACGCUGUGAGCUACAAGAUCUUUGGGCAAUUGGACCUAGCGGACUUGGUGCAUGCUUCUGAGGUCUGCAAGGAGUUCAGGCGGCAGACGUACGAGUUGAGGCGGGGCUGGCAAGAAGAGAAAGAAGCGGCGGAGGCAAACCGAUACAAUUGGGGCCAUGAUUGAGUUUGGUCUCUGACCCUGUGAUCUUUGCUGAGGAAGGUUGAAGUCCACAAGUUCUUGGUUCUUUUGUGAAAAAAGUCAAGGCCCGCACUAUCCCAACCUCCUCAAUUGGUGUAGCUCAUGCAUAUCAGCACAAAUCAUUUGCAUUCAAGCUAUUAGUCAUUCAAGCUUUCUGAUUGCAGUCACCUCAGUGUUCCUUACUGAUCAGCAUGGAGGCCCCAGAGAGAAAUGCUGACGUGGCCAGCGGGCCGCCAGCUCAGCAGGACGCAGAUCAGAAGCGUUCCAACCGGCUGCAUGCGAUGGCUGGAGGAGAUGGACAGUACAGCUACGACCAAAACUCAACUUACCAGCGUCAACUGUUCGAAACAGCACGCCCACUUCUGACAGCGGCCCUCAGCCGCUACCAGAUUCCCGACCAGAGCAUGUUGCACGUCGCAGACUUAGGCUGCUCCACUGGGAAGAACUCCGUCUAUCAGACCGGCGUCCUUCUCAGUUGCUUGAAAGCAGCCGGCAAGCUCUCUCCAGAUACGGAGAUCAUGGUGUCGUUCUCAGAUCUUCCAGACAACGACUUCAACCUGCUGCUCAAGAGAGCGUCAGAGGCGCGGCAGAGCGAUCAGGCUCCGACGUUCUUAGCUGCGGCUGUGCCAGGCUCGUUCUAUGAGGCGCUCUUUCCCAAGAACUGGCUGCACAUGGUCACGUGCAACACAUCGCUCCAUUGGAUGUCGAGGGUGCCCCUUGAAUCAGAGAGGCCCCGUUGGAACCCAGGUACAAUCUGGUACUCUAGAUCACAGCACCAGCAUGUUAAGGACGCAUACCAAAAACAGGGCCUUAAGGAUCUAUCUGACUUUCUCCACUAUAGGGGUCGGGAGUUAGUCCCGGGGGGCUUUCUAUGGAUGUACAUUCCAGGCCCAGGCAGUCGUAAAGAACUGCCCCAGGCGGGGUACGAGGGAAACACGUGGAUUGAUAUCAUCGAUGACGCAUGGAGGGAUCUGGUGUGUGAGGGAGUGCUCGAUCCAGAGAGCCUUGACACCUUCAACAUGCCCGUCUACUAUCCCAGCGUCAAAGAGAUUGCGGCGCUCGUUGAGUCUGCGGGCUGCUACACAAUUGACACCCUCCAGUACGUCGAAAGCGAACUGUCGCCCGAUCUUCGAGCAACCACCGAGCAGGAGAGGGAGAAGGCGGGGGUAAAGCAAGCAGACCUCGUCUGGGCGGUCGUCAAAUCCCUGGUCACAGGCGCGCUCGGCAGCGAGAAAGCGGAGCGGCUCUUCGAGCGGAUGCAGCGAAACGCCGUGCCGAACCUGGAGAGUUACCUUACGCCAAAGAUGUACACUUGCGUUGCAUUGAUCAGAAAGUAAUGAUGCGCCUCAGCAUUAUGUGUUGAGGAUGGCGCACCUGCUCUAGCCAGCGGUAUAAAUGCUCUCUCAUGCUACCGAGGAAGGUUGUUAAGUUAAGCUCGAGGAGGUUGGUGGUACUCCCGAGAAGGUUAGGGCGAAGGUUCGUGGAUAUUAUUUUCGGUCUGAGCAGAGUGAGUGACGAGGCCGUUCAACUUCUGUUCGUCACUUGCUUUGGAAAUCUGACAACACGCGGGAUCAUCUUGCUCGUGCUGAUCCUUUUCCUCAUAAAGACUUGCAAGGAUAGGCCUCGAGGGACCGUAAAUAUGUCCUUGUAGUCCAUUAAGCAACGUGCAGUCGCACUAGGCACUCAUCAAACUCAUAGCGUGCAUGGCAAUCUCUCCUGACAAUGAUCACAGUAAGCCCGCGGUUUGCGAAAAGACGGUCACUGUCGCUUGUGGGCAUUGGCCGUGGGGAGUUGGUACACGACUUUUCCGAUGCAUAAGGUUUCAGUGAAGCCUCAAGCUGACGGUCCUAUGCCUUCACUCAGAUUACAU